UAUGGACAAGCAUACAACAUGUGGUGCAAUGUAUGUAGGACUUAGUCGACAUACUCAAGAUGGAGGUUGAUAAUAGCUCUACGAGUCUUUACCUGUUCGAGGACAUUUGUGGUGAAUCGCCUUUUUGGACAAAUGAAGUACUCACGUCAGAAUCACCGAAGUUUACAUCAUGCUUUCAAACAACAGUACUAGAGUGGGCUCCCUUUGCAUGGCUUGGUUUCGUACUUCCGAUUUAUGCUGUUUGCCUGUGUUGUCGUUCCAAGACAUUCCCUCUACCAUUGACGGCGAUAAGCAUCACCAAGACGGUGGCAUGUUACGUGUUGUUAGCUCUGACGCUUCUACAAAUAUGGGCCGUAGAUCAGGACGGUUGGACGUACAUAGGAAAUAUACAAACGGACAAAAAUGUGACAACGCCCCCUAACGUAACGUCAGCAACAAUAGAUGGCCCUCCGACGUCAUUUUAUCUUGGGAUAGUACUCCGUGUGGUAUCAUUGGCUGUCGUUGGAGUGUAUAUUCAGUACGCAAGAUGGUCCGGUGUCGUGAGUUCGGGGGUUAUACUAUUCUACUGGACACUUCUACUUAUCUGUGGAAUAAUACCAUUCCAGUCGGCAAUAUCAUAUAUGCCGGAUUCCGCCAGUAGUAUCAUACAGUACGUGUACAUGGCGGUACUUCUUACACAACUGAUCCUCCAUUGUUUCGCUGACAAGCGUUCUGGACAGCUGUAUCAACAAAUCGGAGAGGAUGGGCCACCUUGUCCGGACGAGGACUCUUCAGCACUAUCCUUGUUGUUUUACUUCUGGUUAUAUCCUAUCGUGAUUAAAGCCUUUAAGACGACGAUGGGAAAGGAGACUUGUGGGAGCAGACACCAAGAUUAAAGUGUGAACAUGCAGUGUAUGAGCUAGGCAGGGCAUGGGACGCUGAACAACUGAAAGCUAAUAUUUCAAACAGAAAAACAAGUCGUACAGUCAGACAGAAAAGCCGACAUAAAGUCGUGACAAAUGGGUUUGCGAAAUCAUGUGAGGACACGCCUCUCCUGAACUCGAACCGCGUCACAUCCGACGACACUGAUGCUCUCCACAUACCAAUCAAACUGAAGAGGCCGUCUCUUUUCAUGUCAUUGUUUAAGACAUAUGGAUCUCUUUAUGUCAUAACAGUUUUCAUCAAACUUAUCAGUGACGUCACCGCUAUGCUACAGCCUGUUAUCCUUGGAAUACUAGUAUCUUAUAUCGAAACCAAUGCGGAAGAUCGAGACCCAGAGUGGGUUGGAUAUGCACUGGCGGUAUUGUUUGCGGUUACUGGGGAGGUAGAGUCGCUUGCAUACAACACGUCGCUCCAUCUUAACAUGGCGCUUGGCAUCCGGGUCAAGUCAGGUCUAAUAGGGGCUAUAUAUCAAAAGUCACUGCGGAUGAGUAAUUCGGUGAAGAAGGACUUUACUGUCGGCGAGAUAGUAAACCUGAUGUCUGUUGACUGUCAGAGAAUUCAGGACGCAUUCGCAUUUCAUCACUGGAUUUUCUCCUUCUUCUCCAUCACAGGAAUCGGUCUGUACCUAGUAUGGAAUGAAAUGGGAGACGGUAUAUAUGGUUGUAUCGUCAUCGUCGUCAUAUUCACCAUCCUCAAUGUCUACUUUGGUCAGCUUCAAGAGAGAUACCAACAGGGUCUGCUCAAACUAAAGGGAAGCAGAAUGAAACUUCUCAAUGAGGUUCUGGGUGGAAUCAAGGUCCUGAAGAUGUACGCUUGGGAAAAAACCUUCACAGAGAAGAUAAAAGCUAUAAGAGACUUGGAGAUGGGUUUCCUAAAAAAGAUCGCCGUGGUGACUGCGUUCUCUGUCGUUCUGGCAGUACACAGUCCAUUCUUUAUGAACUUUGCGAUCCUGUUGAUUUACAUGCUAGCCGAUCUGUCCCGAUACUUGAACGCCACCACAGCAUUUACUAUAGUAUCUGUGGUCAACGUUAUCCGAUACCCGAUAGCGUUAUCUCCCUUUGUUAUCACUUCCUGUAUACAGACUUAUGUAUCGGUGGACCGUAUUCAGAGAUUUCUUUGGGAGGAGGAUCUAGAACAUGAUAAUGUAAAGCGUGUCACACAUGGCGACCAUGCUGUCAGUAUUCAAAACGGACGAUUUACCUGGGACAUUGAGGAUCAGAUGACAACACUGACAAACAUCAACUUUGAGAUACCACAGGGAAAAUUGGUGGCGGUGGUGGGAAUUGUCGGUUCAGGCAAAUCCUCGCUGAUCUCAGCUGUAUUAGGAGAGUUAGAAAGGCUGGAAGGGGAGGUCACUCUGAAGGGAUCGAUUGCCUACGUACCCCAGGAGGCAUGGAUACAAAACAUGACAUUAAGAGACAAUAUAUUAUUUGGAACGCCAUAUCGUGAGAAGAAAUAUCGGAGAGUUCUGGAGGCUUGCCAACUCCUUCCUGACUUGAGCAUACUUACAGCUGGAGACCAGACAGAGAUCGGUCAAAAGGGCAUUAACUUGAGUGGUGGUCAGAAGCAGAGGGUCAGUUUGGCCAGAGCUGUAUACAACAACGCAGACGUUUACUUGCUGGACGAUCCGCUCAGUGCCGUUGACAGUCACGUGGGAAAGGCGCUAUUCCAGAAAGUUAUCGGCAACGAGGGAUUACUUAAAAACAAGACCCGUAUCCUGGUGACACACGGCGUCCAUUGGCUGCCUAACGUCGAUAGGAUUAUCGUUAUGGACGGUGGACAGAUAUCAGAGAUAGGAACUUACGAGGAACUGCUACAACAUAACGGACCAUUCGCUCACUUCCUACAGACUUUCCUGUUACACGAUGAUGAUAAAGACGAGGAGGACGUAAAAGAAACAGACACAGGAACAGGAGCCACCCGCCGACGAAGGACUCUUUCAGUUCAGGAAAUUAAGGACAAGAUGUGGGAACAAGUAGAGGAAGUUACGUCUGAUGGUAUGACGUCAGACGAUAACGUCACCAUAGAGGGACUGUCUCGGCGACAAAGUAUCCGGAAAAUUACAAAGAAUGGAUCUUUAGUCCCGUCAAAGCUGUUGACCAGGGCAAUAUCUCGCCAAAUGUCAAGGUCGAUAUCGCAUUCCAUUACAAGGUCAAUGUCAAAAGCAGACGAUAAUAUACUCGGCCAGUUGAUCACAGAGGAGGGAACUGAAGAAGGGUCGGUGAAGUGGGCUGUAAUUCUUGCAUAUGUCAAGGCCAUGGGAGCGUAUGCGACAGUGUUUGCGUUGCUGAUGAUAGCGGUUUUCCAAGGCCUGAAUAUGUACUCGAUAUUCUGGAUCACGGACUGGACAACUGACGAGUAUCUGGUCAACACGAGUAACCAGGUGGAAAAAGAGUAUAUCGAUACGAAUAUAUACUACCUAGUUGGGUACGGAGUACUCGGGCUAGCACAGGGAAUCUGUCUCUUCCUAUUCGGUCUGAUUUCACUAGUUCGUAUUGUGCGAGCCAAUGGGACACUUCACGAAAGAAUGAUGAAGAGUACUUUCCGUUCGCCGAUGUCGUUUUUCGACACGACACCUAUCGGCCGUAUCAUGAACCGUUUCUCCAGUGAUAUAGACGUACUUGAUGACCGGAUGUCUCGGACGUACAGACUGAUGAUGAUUUUUAUUUUUACAUUGGCCUCCACUGUCAUCGUGAUUUCUAUCACAACACCAGUUUUCCUUGUCGCCCUGGUGCCUGCUGGGAUAGUUUACGUCCUUUUUAUGAUCUUCUACCUACCGACAGCCCGUCAGUUGAAGAGAAUAGAGUCGGUGACUCGCUCCCCCGUGUAUAACCACUUCAGCGAAACGAUCACGGGUGCCAGCGUCAUACGGGCCUAUCAGGCGUCCGAACGUUUUAUAGAGGAAUCUCAGAAACGUGUAGACAAGAACGCCGCCUUCUACCAUGCCGCUAAUGUGUCGGCUAGGUGGAUCAGUGUUGUCGUAGAGAGCAUCAGUAAUAUCCUGGUAUUCGCUGCUGCUUUGUUUGCCAUCAAUUCACCUGAACUAACCGGCGGAGAUGUUGGUCUCUCACUCACAUACUCAUUACAGAUCGUGGUAGGGUUAGCGCUGGUGGUGUUUGCCGUCAGUGAGAUGCAGAUGAAUAUAGUCUCUACUGAACGCGUGGUGGAGUACACAGAUCUAGUGGAAGAGGCCGUGUGGAUCAGGGACGACUUCCGCCCUCCGCCUAUGUGGCCCCACGCCGGAAGUAUCAAGUUCGAUGGAUACACCACAAGGUACCGGCCCGGACUGGAACUGGUACUCAGGGGGAUAGACUGUGAAAUACAGAGCGGGGAAAAGAUCGGAAUAGUUGGAAGAACGGGAGCUGGAAAGUCUUCCCUUGCAGUGGCCUUAUUCCGCCUCAUUGAAUCUGCAUCAGGGACGAUAUCCGUCGACGGGAUUCAAACAUCCGAUCUUGGACUUCAUGAUUUGAGACCGAACAUCACUAUACUACCGCAGGAUCCCGUGCUAUUCUCCGGACCAUUGAAAUCCAAUCUCGAUCCCAUAGGAAAGUUUACAGAUUACGAAAUCUGGAAAGCAUUGGAAUCCGCUCAUAUGAAAAAGUUUGUUCAAAACCAAAGGGACCAGCUGUAUUAUGAAUGCGGAGAAGGUGGGAUGAACCUGAGUGUAGGCCAGAGACAGCUGGUGUGUCUCGGCCGAGCCUUGCUCCACAAGAACAAGAUCUUGAUCCUGGACGAGGCCACGGCCGCCGUGGAUAUGGAGACUGACGAACUGAUACAGCAGACGAUACAGACCGAGUUCAGUGAGUGCACUGUCCUCACCAUCGCCCACAGAUUGAACACGAUCAUGGAAUACGACAGAGUGAUGGUUCUGGAUAAAGGUCUCAUCGCAGAAUUCGAAACGCCAAGGACGCUGUUACAGGACACCUCAAGUGUAUUUUACGGAAUGGCUAAAGAUGCGGAAGUAACAGACUGGUUUGAAAAUGACAAAUAUGCCAAAAAGAUGUGAACACUUUUAUCUGCCUAAAACAAUUGGCUGUAUUCUAACAUUGUUAUGCUGUAUAUUGUGGUAAAUGAUUCACCUACGUUGUCUCUUGUAAUGGCAAUAAACUAUUUCAGUCUUACUGAACACUUUCAUAUAUCCUUGUGUACAGGAACAACAUAACUACGACAGAACAUACUGAGUGUGAAUAACAUAUCCAAUAAAGAAUCCGGUAUCAAAAUAAUUUGACGGAAAAUAAAAUGCGAA